AUGGGCUCACUACGUCAAGGAAUACUGAGUUUUCAAUUGCAGCUUAUAAGCAGGGCCGUGUCAAAAGAGAAAAGUGCUCUUAUUGGUAAAACAUUCAAGCCGGCUAUAUAUCAGCAAAGCUGUUACUCAACGGACUUUAAGCAGAAACCAUACAAGGAAAAGUUACUGACGAAAGCAAGAGAGAAAGGGUUCGAAACUGUCGAAGAACUUCUAGAAAAAUCAAAGGAAGACCUCUUGAGGAAAAAAAGGGAGUUUUGUAAGAUUGAUCCAUUAAAAGAGCUCGAAAAUUACGAACAACGAAUGAAAAUGUCGGAAAAUAACGCCGGAUUGACAAAAUCGAAGGGACCAAUCGAUCCCAACAUGUCCGCCACUCCGUUCAAGACUUUUGAUUCAUUCUUGAAGCUUGAUAAAGUCAAAGAUUUAUCGAAGCAAGAGAUAGAAUUCCUUUGGAGAGCAAAAUGGGUGAACAAAGACAAUUCGCUGUGUGCGGUAGUGCCUUUAGAUGUCUUCAAUAAGAUGGUUACUAAAGUGAGGGAAAAUCCCGUUUUUGUUUUGCCGUUGCCAAGAGUAAUAACAGGGGGAAAUGAGGCGGAAGGUGCAAAUAAAGAACAAGGUGUGGAGCUGCACUAUGUCCAAUGGCAGUUUGUUGGCCCCAAUACAACUCACUGUAUUAUAACCUCCUUAGCUGAGUACAAACUUCAUAAUGAGUAUUCAAAACCCCAUACGAUUUUCCAGUUUCAUUCAGAUCUGGCGAAGGAGAAGAAGUGCAUUUUCAUGAAUGGUCAAGUUGAGCCUGACACGAACGUUUCUUUGCAAGACGCUCAGUUGCUCCUAUUGAAUGUUCAAAGGUUCUAUGGCGCCAUGGGAGAAAUAACACCAGCCGCAAGGCAACGUGUUCAACUACUUCAGGAUUUCACUGGAGGCUCUUCAGAUUUCAGCGUUGAUAAACUGAUUUCUUUAUCACAAUCAAUGGAAAACUAA